AUGAGACAAUUGGCUCGUUCUCCACCUCCAUCACUUAUGUCUUUAUCGUCUCAAGUAAAUAAUGGAGUGUCAGUAACCUCAUCGUCAACAGUCAAUAGCGAAUCGCCUUUAAAUCAACGUACAACAGCUAAUGGAACAACUGUAAAUUCUUAUUACAAUAGUCAACAAUCUACAGUUUCAUUUGAAGCUACUCGUUACGCCCAAUCACGUUAUCCAUUUCAACCUUUUGUCGUAGGUUUCUCAUCUUCUAAUAUCAAGGAACAAAAGGUUGCUGAAGAUUUGUGUGUACACUUGAAACAAAAUCGUGGAUUAGAUUUUGAAUUUGUGGGAGUUCAUCGUCCUACUAGGGGUGAUAGUCAUUCCUUUGCACAUUUAUACGAGGAUCUCAUUUGGCCGCAAACUCUCCACGGUCAAGUUUUUUCUCAUCCGUCAUCGUCAUCGAUCCCCCCGCAAUUGUCUCUUAUUGUUAAAAAUGUUGGUUUACAUAUGGAUUUUGUUCAAGUUACAAGAGAUUUAAAAGAGGUGUACGAGAAUAUUAAAAAUGUAAUUAGAAUGAAAAAUCGGUAUCAAAAUGAAAUUAAAUUGGUUAAACUCGAAUUCUCAAAGCCAGAGCAGCGAGACGAAAUUUUGAAUCAUGGUAAGAUUGUAAUAGACUCGGUAACCUAUGAAGCUGAAGAAUUUUUAGCUCCAGCUCGUGUACUCAUAUGUAGCAAAUGCAUGGGAAUCGGUCAUUUUCGUAAAAAAUGUCAACAACAAGACGAAAUGUGCAAAAUUCGUGGGUUGAUUUGUCCGGAUCUAAAAGUGCAUGUUUGCUCUCAACAACAAAAAUGCAUUCAUUGUGGGGAAGGGCAUCAUUCAAAUGACUUAAAACGUCCAAAAGUAAAAGAAUUUUGUUCUAACCUAACAAAACGUCUUUUAUUCGUUUCUCAAGUUCCCCAAACUUCUCCUGGUGCUCAAUUCCAUCUAUCUUCUUCAGAUUUUCCGCCUCUGAAUGCUGCUCAACGAUCAAUGAUUACCGGUAGUAACAAGUUUUACAAUAAUAUGAAUAACAAUAAUGUAAUCUUAACAAAAUUGAAUGAGUUAAAUCUAAACAUUAUAAAAUUAAAUGAUAAAUUAGAAAAUGCAGCAUCUAGGUCAGAUAAAUUUGAACAAUUUAUGAUAGAUCAGAGUAAUUUUGCUAUUGGUACGGAAAAACAGAUUACUUUGUUAUCAAAUGGUAUUAGAGAAAUUAAUGUUAAUACAAAGCAAUUGGAUGUACUAUAUCGUUGUCAUGAAAAUUGUUUAUUUAAAGUAAUAGUUCCUGUUUUAAAUGAUAUCAUUAAAUUUAUGACUGAACAAAAUCAAAAGAACGGAAAUCUACAAAGUGCGGACGUUGGAAAAAGAUUGGAAACAUUUUCUUAUUAA